AUUAUAUUUGGGUUAUUUAUUGUCAAAAUUAGAACUAUCUCGCCUGGAAAAUUAUUCUGUAGGCUGUAGCCAUGGGUGUUAACAACAAUCCAUGGUUCAAGCUUUGUUUUCUCUUCGUGUGCUUCUGUUUCCAGUCACAUAUCUCUUUUGCUGCAGGUAAAAUCUGUGGAAAUCAGUCUAUCUCCGGCAAGCAAACCAUUUCGUCUGAAACAGGGGAAUUUAUACUGGGUUUCUUCACUCCAGGUAACUCCUCAAAAUACUACGUAGGAAUUUGGUUUAACAUUCCUGAACAGACCAUAGUUUGGGUAGCAAAUAGAGAUAAACCAGUUUUUGAUAUUUACACUUCAGAUAUCAGAAUAUCAAAUGGUAAUUUAGUUCUCUUUAAUGAAUCCGGUAUUAUGAUAUGGUCAACAAAUUUGAGCUCUACAAAUUCAAGCUCUUUGGAAGCAGUACUUCUCGAUGAAGGAAAUCUUGUUUUGAGAGAUGGGCCUAGUUCAUCAGACCCACUGCUAUGGCAGAGUUUUGAUCAUCCAACUCAUAUAUGGCUCCCUGGUCCUGGUGCUAAGCUUGGAUUCAACAAAAUCACCAAAAAAAGUACACGUCUUACUUCAUGGAAAACCAAUGAAGAUCCUGCGCCAGGUUGCUUUUCUCUUGAGCUGGACCCCAAUUCAACCAGUCAAUUUUUUAUCUUACGGGAUAUGUCUAAUAUUUUGUGGACUAGUGGUCCUUGGAACGGACAAAUCUUUAGCUUAGUUCCUGAAAUGAGAUUGAAUUAUAUCUUUAACUAUAGUUAUAUUGACAAUGAAAAUGAAAGCUAUUUCCAGUAUUCUCUGUACAAUAAUUCUCUCAAAUCUCUACUCAUCAUGGAUGUUGGAGGGCAGAUUCAACAGAGAACAUGGUUACAGCCCGCCAAGCAAUGGAAUGUGUUUUGGGCUGUGCCGAGGAUGCAAUGUGAAAUGUAUGCCUACUGCGGGGCAUUUGGAAUCUGCAACAAGGAAUCUGAGCCUCUUUGUAAUUGCUUGGAAGGUUUUGGUCCAAAGUCGGUAGAUGAGUGGAAUUCCAGGGCUUAUUCUGAUGGAUGUCAAAGGAAAACCAGUUUGCACUGUGGGAAUUCCAGUCUUGUUAAUAAGAAGAGUGACCGAUUUUUGGAAAUUCGCAGCAUAGUAUUACCAGCAAAUCCAAGGCCAUGGGCAAUGGCAGUUGGGAAUGCACAGGAAUGCGAAUCCACUUGCUUGAAUGAUUGUUCUUGCACUGCUUAUGCUUAUAAUGGCAGUCACUGUUCAUUUUGGUCUGGAGAACUCUUGAAUCUUCGCCAGCUUGCAAAAGAUGACAUUGAUGGAAAAACUCUCUAUGUCAGGCUUGCAGCUUCUGAGUUCUCAAGUUCUAACAGUAAUAAGGGAAUGGUUACUGGGGUGGCUGUGGGUUCAUCGGUUAUGCUAAUUCUCCUUGGCCUGCUUCUAUCAGUAAUCCUGAGAAGGACAAAUAUGAGAAAAACAGACAAGGUAUCAGGAAGUUCGUCUGAGAUAAAAAACAAUGUUGCAGCUGGAGGAGGACAAAACAAUGCACAGCUGAUUUCAUUUAGCUUUAAAAGUAUGUUAGCCGCCACAAAUAACUUUUCUGAAGCAAAUAAACUGGGAGAGGGUGGGUUUGGCCCUGUCUAUAAGGGAAAUCUGCCUGGAGAUCAAGAAAUAGCCAUAAAAAGGCUUUCAAGAAAAUCUGGACAAGGACUAGAGGAAUUUAUGAAUGAGUUGAAACUUAUUGCCAAUCUCCAACAUAAGUAUCUUGUCAGGCUUUUGGGUUGCUGUGUUGAAAGGGAGGAGAAGAUGUUGAUAUACGAGUACAUGCCUAAUCGAAGUUUGGACAAAUUUCUUUUUGAUCCUUUUAAAAAAGCAAAACUGGUUUGGGAAAAACGCUUCAGUAUUGCAGAAGGUGUAGCUCAAGGACUCCUGUACAUCCACAAGUUCUCUAGAUUGAAAGUCAUUCACAGGGACCUAAAGGCAAGCAAUAUUUUGUUGGAUGAAGCAAUGAAUCCCAAAAUUUCAGACUUUGGAAUGGCCAGGAUUUUUGGCAUUAAUCAAACAGAAGCAAAUACCAACCGUGUCAUGGGCACUUAUGGCUACAUGUCUCCGGAAUAUGCAUUUUCUGGGCAAUUUUCAGAGAAAUCAGAUGUAUUUAGCUUUGGUGUGUUCCUGUUGGAGAUUGUGAGUGGAAAGAGGAACACGAGCUUUCAUCGCAGUGGACUUUCUUUCACCCUUCUUAGCUGGGCAUGGGAACUGUGGAAAGAAGGCAAAGCAGAAGAGCUGAUAGAUCCAUCAGUGAAGGAUACGUGCCGUCCUAAAGAAGCUGUAAAAUGCAUCCAUGUGGGGCUGUUGUGUGUUCAAGAGGAUCCAAUUGAACGACCUACAAUGUCUUUGGUGGUUCUCAUGUUGAGCAGUGAUACACAGACGCUUCCAUCUCCCAAAGAACCAGCAUUUCUCAGUCGCAGAGCUGUUGAUCUUUCUUCUGAAAGGCCUAACACUCGUUCCAACAAUGAGCUCACUAUCAGCUUGCCUGAAGGUCGAUAGAAGCUCAGCUCUCAGAUUUUCAAACCAAUAGAAACACUUCACGUAGUCCACAAUUCAAAGUUAAUUAAAAGUAAAUUACAUGUUAAUCCAUAAUUGUAUUAAUACGAAAGGAUUUCAAGCUUAGACUAUAAUAUGAUAGAUUAAAUUUAUCCAAGAAUUUCUUUCAAAAAAAUCAUCCCAUUCAAGAAUUAUAUAUAUAUAUAUAUGAGAAUAUACCAUUUGCUAA